GCAUAGAUAGGCAUUCUUCCAGAGAUAAAAAUAUUAUUCCGGGAUUAUUACUCAGUAUUAGAUAUGAUUUAGUAGUGAUAAAUAAUGUUAAAAUGGCCACAACAAAUAGAUUGUACAUUUUGGUGGCGUUUGUUUUCUCUUCGGUAGCGGCAAUAUUUAAUAUCGUCUCCUUAGGUACCGAAUAUUGGAUUACUGGUACAGCCUUAUGGAUUAACAGUACCAGCGAUACUAGCGAAGUCACUUAUGGCUUGUUUCAAGGGAUCUAUAAAAGAAAUGUCGCGUUUCCUUAUACGUAUGAAAUUACAAUGACUUGCGACUUCGCAAACAACAUUUGCGCCUUACUAUGUGGUCUGGACAAAGAGGAAAGAGGAAAUUUGUUAUCAAGCUUGUAUAAUAACAGCUACAAUCCCAAUUAUUCGAUGGACAAUUGUCCAAUCAUCACCAGAACUAGUUAUUACCAUAGAUCAUUCGAAGACCCUGCUGUUUAUGUGAGGCAAGGUACUUACGUUUCGCCAAGUGCAUUCAUAAAUGCCGGAGUUUGGCUCAGUACCCUCAUAUUUCUUCUUCUGGCUACUAUUGUAGGACUUUUGGCAGCCAAUUUAGCUCUCUACAAUACAGUUGCCAAUCCAAUAAAUUUCUUUUUAGGGGUGAAAAGUCUCUAUAUCUACAAUUCAGUAGCAUUUUGUUCCACAGUCAUGUACGUAACCUUAUGGGGCUCUAUGUAUAUCCAAAAGAUUUUUCAUAAUCUUAGCAUAUUUGAUACACUCGUUGGGAAUUUCAAUUCUGAUAAAACUGCUUUUCUGGGAUACUCAUAUUGGAUUAGUUUCAUAUCAAUGGCCUUCUACAUAGGAAGCAUGGGAAUUCUUUAUUACAGAGAAUAUUUAAAUGAGCGCGAUCCAAGGCAAAAAAGGGUUGCAUUGGAUACUGAGAUGACAGACCCAAAUCUCUACUUGUAUUAGAAUAAAAACUAUACAAUGUAUCAAUAUUAUUAUUU